AUGGUAGCUGACGCACUGAGCUGUAGGACUGUAUCUGAUUUGAGAGUGAUGUUCGCUCGUCUCAGCUUGUUUGAUAAUGGUAGCUUGUUGGCCGAGUUACAAGUUAGACUGGUGUGGGCUGAACAGAUUAAGGGUAAACAAUUGUUGGAUGAAUCACUGGUUCCUCAAUUUCGACAGGUUAAGAGUGGAGAAAUUUCAGAUUUUGGGUUGAAUAGUGAAAGAGUACUAUGCUUCCGUGGGAGAGUCUGUAUACUGAGGGAUAAUGAUUUGAGUCAGUCUAUACUGCGAGAGGUGCAUAGUAGUCCUUAUGCUAUGCAUCCCAGUGGGAAUAAAAUGUAUCGUGACCUUCGUGAGAUUUAUUGGUGGCUUGGACUUAAGCGUGAAGUUACUGAUUUUGUAGGUAAGUGUUUAACUUGUCAGCAAGUGAAGGCUUAG